GCGUGCGGUUGCCAGGCGCUGGGUCACUCGUGUGGGAAGUGCUGAAAUUUCAACGCGUCACAGCCGCGUUAAACACGGAUUACACGCAGAUUCUGACCGUUGAGGAGCUCGCGGCCGGAGGGGGGCCGAGAACCGUCCUCCGGUUGAUAACUCAUCUGCUAACUAACUACUCCACUGGGGCUCACUCACGCGCGAGCGUCGCAGGUCUCGAAAAAUUAACCCUUCUGAUCGAGCUGAUCGAUCAAUCAAUGAUCAUGGAGAGGAAGAGGACGGAUUGCCCUGCUCUUCCACCCGGCUGGAAGAAGGAAGAAGUGAUCCGGAAGUCCGGGCUGAGCGCUGGGAAGAGUGAUGUCUAUUAUUACAGUCCCACAGGAAAGAAGUUCCGCAGUAAACCUCAGUUAUCCCGCUACCUCGGGAACUCGGUGGAUCUGGGAUGUUUCGACUUCCGCACGGGCAAAAUGAUGCCCAGCAAGAUGCAGAAGAACAAGCAGAGACUGCGCAGCGACAUCCUCGGCCUGAGCAAGGGGAAGCCGGAUCUGAACACAGCGCUGCCCAUCAGACAGACAGCCUCCAUCUUCAAACAGCCGGUCACUAAAGUGGUCAAUCAUCCCAACAACAAAGUCAAGACAGACCCCCAGAGAGCCACGGAGCAGCCGCGACAGCUGUUCUGGGAGAAGCGGCUGAAUGGUCUGCGGUCGUGGGACGUGUCGGAGGAAGCACUCAGGACAAUGGAUCUGCCCAAGGGUUUACAGCGUUUGGGGCCGGACUCGACGGACGAGACGCUUCUGACGGCCAUCGCUAGCGCUCUGCACAUGAGCUCGGCGCCCAUCACGGGUCAGACGUCCUCAGCGGCCGAGAAGAACCCGGCCAUAUGGCUGAACACAUCACAGCCGCUCUGCAAGGCCUUCACCGUCACAGACGACGACAUACGGGAGCAGGAGCUGAAGGUCCAUCAGGCCCGGCGCAGUCUGGAAGACGCUCUGAUGGCCGACGGUUUGGCACGAGCCUCCGAAUCCACCCGAGACAUGGAGGGCAGAGCGGCGUGAAGAGAAACAGAAAUCCGGCGUGGCUCCGUCUGAAUGCUGAUGCUCUUUGAGAUGAUGUUCGUCGACAGAAACAUGCUUUUCUGAAUAAUCAGGCGGGCUGUUUUGCAUUCGCUGCUUCACUGAGCUUCUUCUUCUCUCUGAGCAAUAAAAUAUGAAAUAUAUCAGAAAUAGGGUGGAAUUAGUGCGACAGCUAUAUUUCCAAGAGCUUAUGUUUAUUUUAUUUUCUGCUAAUGCACAUCAUUUUCACCUGAUGUUCACACAGAAUGCACGUUUGCAUUGCUCUGCAUUGUUUUUCUAUAUCAACAUGCAUUGGAUGAACAUU